UUUUGAGCGCUACCACCAUCAUCAUAUGACGGUAGGUGCCCUUUGGACUGCUACCAUGUCAUUCAUUAAAGAGAUUUACGACUCUCAAGGUUUCGUGAUAGUGCCCAAUCUCGUUUCUACCGAUGACCUUGAAAAGCUUCGGACUGCUUGCGAUACCGUGGUGGGCCGGACAAGAAAUGGUCACUGGCCUCAUCGUCGUGUAGUUGGAAAGCAAUUUCCACCAUUCGACAGCGACAACCCCGACUCAUGGGGAGUCCAGCACCUCAUGCAUCCUGACUUGGGCCCACCAGCGAGUGUUUUUGCCAAAUGGUACUCCUCUGAUACCCUCGUUGGUGCUGCGAAGGAGCUGUUACAGUGCGAGGACAAGGAUAUGCAGAUGGAACUUUUCAACUUAUUAAUCAAUCCCGAAUCGCACAAGUUUGCUCUUCGAUGGCACCGUGACGACGUGAAAGGAGAUGCAACUGAGGACGAAGAGCGCAAAGCAUUAGCAGCAUGGAAUGGUGGUGUUCAAUGGAAUAGUGCUCUUUACGAAGAUUCUUGCUUAUAUAUUGUACCUGGUUCUCAUCUGAAAACCCGUACCGACGAGCAACGAAAACAUUCAAAUACCAUGGAUCCUCCCGCGAAUCCGUUGGAUAUGCCUGGCGCCAUCCGGGUGACUCUUCAACCUGGAGAAACCGUUUUCUACAACUCAAAUAUCCUCCAUUGCGCGACAUACGAUCAUGAAUGUAAGCGCGCCACUCUCCAUGCAACGAUCGGCGAUGCUAGGAAGGGUGCUGGUCGUGCACGGAAUAUCUUGCAACAUGGCUUGACCUGGAUGCAAGAAGAACGUUUCAGAGACCAGCUGGAUGAACGAGGCAAAGCCAUGCUCGACAGGUUACUCCUUCUUCAACAGACGACACGCGAUGUUGGUUAUUCUUUGGACAAUUGAGGGGGUUGCAAAUUUUACGAAAGGUCUUGUAUCAUCGACUCAAUCACUAUGUUUCCACGGUGCUCAGAUGCUUGAACCCCGUCUUAUUGGUAGGAGGAUAAGCACAGAAUAUUUGUUUCUACUCUCCGUUUAUUUCCCAAUCCAAAGUGCUUUUCUGGAUGGCAUUGCAUAUCUUCAGAACUUAAAUGGCGUGAUCGUCGCCGCCCGCCAAGGCCGACAAAAACCGACGCAUUCGCGAGGCCGACUCACGACAAGCGCUAUCACGAUCCCUGACCAACGUUCCCGUCCUCUCUCACUCUUGACACUACGCCACAUUCGAUUGAAUUAUCACAACGAAUGUCUCUUGAUGUGCACUGGCUUCCUUCAUGAAGCGGUACUAGUACUUCGGACUUGUCUAGAGCUGUCUGAAAGCCCGC